AAAAUAAUGUUGAGUGACGGCUCAGGUCCCAUCUGAUUAUACCUAUAAGAACAGAGAUUCCAUACAAAUGAAAAUGUCUUGAGGAGUUAUCAGGGACCUAGAAAAAUUCCAUCUGAACUUCUAGAACCUCCCUAUUAUUCUCAAAAUUUCUCAAGUAAAAAACUAACGAGCUGGUAUCAUAAAAUGUUGCUGUUUGCUAACCUAUGAGACUUUCUGGAAUGACCUGUCAUGUUAUUGUACCUGGACUUGUUGAUGCUUGUAAAGAACAAUGCCGUUCCCCUUACUUACCUGUUUGGGGAGGAGAAGAAUUAAUGGAAAAUGACAUUGCCAAAGCUGUAGCAUGUGCAAAGCAGAUUGUCAGUGAGCAAGGCAUUCCAGCAUGGGUGGCAUGGAAAAGUCACUGUCGAGACCAUGAAGUCAGCAGUUAUGCUAAGGGUUGCGCCCUGUAACUGUGGAGUUAUCAUUCUUCAGCUCAUUUUGUCUCUUUUUCACAUUAAGGAAGUAAUAGUUGAGUGAAAGGUUAUACCACCAGUCCUUCAAACAAAUAACAUUUUUACAGAAGCAGGAGCAUAUGGUCCUUCUUCUAAGAAGCUUAAUAUUUACCUGAUGUGUUAACUGUUUGUUAAUAAGCCUACAAUAUUAUUCAGUGUGCUGACAGAACUAAUGUUGGUAAAUAUUUGUCUAAACUCUUAAUUAUCAAAUAUAUCUCCAGUAUAUUCAAUUCUUAAUCAAAGAAAGAUCACUUAUACAUCUUGCUGAUCAAGAAGGAAUAUAAAGAGGGAUUAGGUGACCUCUUUCUUUUCCUUAAUUUUAUUAUCAUAGAUUUAUGCAUUAUGACUAAAUUCAGAUGAGAUUGCCAGUAUUGAAAUAAUUGCUAAUUAACCAUAGAUACGAAAUGAUGCAUCUGUAAAAAAUACAGACAUUUUCAUCAAAAGCCUUGCAAUUCA